AUGGACGGGAAGAAGUACGACAUCCUGCUGCUUGGCAGUACGGGGUACACCGGGCAAAUGAUAUUGGAGUAUCUUUUGAAAAACUAUCAAGAGAGGAUCUCCAGUGGGGAUGUAAAACUUCUCUGUGCAGUGAGAAGUACAGAAAAGUUUAGCGACAUUUUGUUAAGAAUGAAAGAGAAGGAAGGUGUCACAUGUAGUGAAAAGAUUGAGACAAAACAAUGCGAUGUGGGUAACUACGAUUCCAUUUUAAGUUGUUGCAGUAUGUGCAGAGUGGUCAUCAGCGCAGUGGGUCCCUAUGCGACGUACGGGUAUAAUAUUGUUAAGGCGUGUGUGGAAGGUAACUCCCACUACGUAGAUCUGUGUGGUGAGCAUACGUUCAUGUUGAGCAUAUACAAGGAGUUCAACGAAAUUGCAAAGAAAAAAAAGAUAAAAAUUAUUCACAGCGCAUCGUUCAUUUCAGCCAUUAGCGAUUUGGGGACAUUUAUAAUUCAAGAGGAGUUUUUAAAAAGAUACAAACAACCAUGUUCAUAUAUUCGCAUAAGACUCUCCGCGGAAGGCAGUGAGUUAAGAACGGUGGGAAAAACCACCAUAAAAAGUAUUUUGCAAUUCAGGAAGGACGUUCAAGAUGGCUACAAUGAACAUUACCUGUGUGAGGGUAAAUACGACAAAGUGAUGAAUGAUGAGGUGAGUUCCUAUUUAUUAGAAAAAGAGAAAAAAGAAAAAUCAUUUUUCGACUAUGAGGAAGAAUUUGGAUACUGCUUUAGGACAGUUUAUUCGAAAGCGGAAGAAGCCUACGUUUUGUGGUCAAAUUAUUUGCUUAAUUAUAGGUAUGGGAAAAACUUGAUUGUGAGUUAUCAACAGUAUGACGCGCACUUGACGACUCCCAUGUACGUUUUGAGGAAAAUGUUAUCAACUGUGAAGAAUGUGUUUAGUAGCGUCGUGGCCUUUGCGCUGAGGCCGUUCGGCUUGGCCAACUAUUUGGCGGGAAAGUACGUGGACUGGCUACACACGCCGAAGACGGCAAACGAGUUGAGGAGGGCCUUUUGGACGUGCGCCGUGGUUGGGCAAUCCUACGUGGGGGUAAGCAGUUCUUCGGAGGACGCGAAUGGGGGAAACAACCCUGCGGAGGGUUCCCACUCGAAGGGCGGCAACCAGGAGCGGAAGAUAUUCCUGCACUUGAGCGGAAAGAAUGAAGACCCAGGAUAUGUCCUAAGCGCGAAAAUCAUAUCGGAAUCGGGGCUCUCGCUAUUGGAGUCGACUUUACCCCACACCUUUGGAGUCCUUUCCGUGUCCGUUGGCCUCGGAAAGGUACACGGAUCAUUAGCUCGAGCGGGAAAGGUCAAAAACCAGACGCCCAAGGUUCCCAAGGUGUCUAAGAGAAAAAAGUUGACUGGAAGGGCAAAGAAGAGACAGCUAUAUAACAGAAGAUUUUCCGACGGAACGGGAAGAAAGAAGGGACCCAAUUCGAAAUUGUAA